UUAUUUAAUAUUUUCACAUUCACACGAUAAAUAUAAUGAUCCUAUUCAACUUUGCUUUCUUUUUCUUUUUUAGUCCCUCUUGGUGCUGUGAACUGUGAACUUAAUUAUUAUAAUAACAUACCCUUUCCUCUUUUCCUUUAGACACCAAAAUAACAUGAACAUGUUUGGAAAAUUUCCUCAGAAAACUAAACCAAGCUAUCUAAGAAGCGGAGGCCUAAUUCCCAGAUAGGAACUAGACAGCCCUAUGGCCUAAUUCAAUAUCUCCUUGGAUUCCUUCUUCAUACCCAGCUGUAAAUUUCUCGUCAAAAUUUACUGGGGGAAGUAAAUGUUCUUUGCAGGGGUGGCUUUUUGUCAGAGUGCCUUGAUGUGCUUUCUCAGAACUCCCCCAGAUUUAAGAACUCCUACAGUAUUUUCACAUCUUUGAUGAAUUUUCCAUUUCGGUUUCUGAAUCUUUUUCACUUUAUUUAAUAUUUGCCUUGCUUGUUAUGUAAUUUCUUUUUCAUGCUCUAACUAAGCUCUUCCUUUCCCUGUUUUCUUGCUUUCCUUUUUUGGUUCAUUCCUUUUUGUUCACUGUUCAGUACUCUUCUUUUUUCAGUUCGUGCUUCAAUUCAUACACUUCCUGCAUCCUGAGCGCAUAUAUGAUAAGUCUUUCUUAUUUAGGAAACUCAGUUCACCAGUAAACUCUCUGGGUCGGUUAGCUUUCUUACUCUCUCUGGAUUUGUUCUGUGAAGAACAAGAAUAAGCAAGACAGUUUCUUGCAUAAAUCCAGCUGCAGAUUCAAACCCAUGUAGUCAUUUGCUUCAAAUUUACACUAUAAUCUUGAAACCCAACUCAAUUUCUGUUCAGUAUUUGGGUCUGGAGAGGUGUAUUUUUAAAUUAAUUGAAAAUUUAAGUUGUGGAUUAUGGGUUUUUUCGGUGUGUUAUUGGGUGGGGUUAUCUCCCUUCUGUUGUGCACGGAGGUGGUAUCAGUGAGUGGGAUUGGAGCCAACUGGGGAACGCAGGCAUCCCACCCUUUGCCGCCGUCCACCGUCGUAAGGCUGCUCAAGGACAAUGGAAUUCGGAAAGUAAAGCUUUUUGAUGCUGAAUCUGACACUUUGAAAGCUCUCAGGAACUCUGGGAUUGAAGUCAUGGUAGGUAUUCCAAAUGAAAUGCUUUAUGCACUUGCAAAUGAUGUUUCUGCUGCCGAGAACUGGGUUGCCAAGAAUGUUUCUAAGCAUAUCUCCUCAAAUGGUGUUAACAUCAGAUAUGUUGCAGUUGGGAAUGAGCCGUUCUUGCCGACAUACAAUGGAACAUACCUUAGUACAACUCUUCCUGCUCUCAACAAUAUUCAGGCUGCCCUUAUAAAAGCUGGUUUGAGCAAUCAAGUGAAGGUCACUGUACCCCUCAAUGCUGAUGUGUAUGAGAGUUCAACAAACCUCCCUUCUGGCGGUGACUUCCGUUCAGACAUCCAUGAUCUCAUGUUGGAAAUGGUCAAAUUCUUGAAUGACAAUGGAGCUCCAUUUAUUGUCAACAUCUACCCAUUCAUAAGCCUCUAUAAGGACCCUAAUUUUCCUGUUGAUUAUGCUUUCUUCGACAGCAACUCUUCACCAAUCAAUGAUGGUGGGACAAUCUACAACAAUGUGUUCGAUGCAAAUCAUGAUACCCUGCUGUGGGCCUUACAGAAAAAUGGCUAUGCAAACAUGUCCAUCGUUGUUGGAGAAAUUGGGUGGCCUACUGAUGGAGACCAAAAUGCAAAUUUGGCAAAUGCCCAGCGAUUUAACCAAGGUUUCAUGAACCGCAUUAUGAAUGGACAAGGGACACCAUUGAGACCCAGCCCUAUCGAUGCAUACCUAUUCAGCCUUAUCGAUGAAGAUGCUAAAAGCAUUCAACCAGGUAAUUUUGAGCGUCACUGGGGAUUAUUUUACUUCGAUGGAAAACCAAAAUACCAGCUCAACCUCGGGACAAUCCAGUCUAGAAGUCUGGUUCCAGCAAAGGGUGUGGAAUAUUUGUCUAGACAAUGGUGCGUGCUGUCCGAUUCAGCAAACCUGGAUGACCCCCAAGUGGCAGACAGUGUGAGCUAUGCUUGUGGGCGUGCCGACUGCACAAGCCUUGGGUAUGGAACUUCAUGUGCAAAUUUGAAUGCUCGCGGGAACGCAUCAUAUGCAUUUAACAGCUACUAUCAGCAGAAUAAUCAGAGUUACUUGGCGUGUAAGUUCCCACAUGUUUCGGUUGUAACGGGAAAGGACCCCUCUGUUGGAACUUGCAAGUUCAGGAUCAUGAUUCAAUCUGGUGUGGAGAGAUUUGGGUCUCCAUCAAAGCCUCUUGGUUUGUUGGUUCUUGUGUUUUUGUACCUGUGUACGUUCUUGUGAAUUUUAAGGCUUUAUUAUUGUACUGGAUUCAUAUUUUUAGUAUUCACAUAAUUACAUUCUAUUGUGGGAGACACCAGAGGUACUGAGAAUGAAUGGAACCACCAUAUAUAUUUGCAAAAUUUAA